CGGUCGUCGACGAGCGGCAACGACGCGCCUUCACCGGACAGCGAGCGGAUUGUUCGGCGUGCAGGGGGCGCUGGGAACACCCCUGUGUGUCAUCGUGCGCUCAGUAAGACAUCACGAAUUGCGGAUUGGCCAUGGCCACCUUCCUGGGAUUACCGGAUUGGAUUAUCUUGGCAGCGACGGUCUGUGUCCUCUUAUAUCUGUAUGCAUAUCGGAACCGCAACUACUGGAAGAACCAAAAUGUCACGUCAGAGCCAUUUGCCCUCAUAUUUGGCCCCACGUUGAAGCUCAUGUUCCAACCUAUGCAUUUCCUCGAUACCAACCGGUACAACAAGUAUGGAAAAUUAUUCGGCACCUUUGAGACCGGCAAGAGCGUCCUCUUUGUCGCCGAACCCGAACUGGUGAAGCAAGUCAUGGUCAAGGAUUUUCCUGCAUUGCCCAAUCGAAGGACGUUCAAGUUCUCCGACCCCAUAUUGGACAACAUGAUGAACAUCACUCCCGUGGAUAGAUGGCGUAAGAUUCGACCGGCCUCGAGUCCUGCAUUUUCCACUGGAAGGCUAAGAAAGAUGAAUUUCUUGAUUGAGGACUGCGCAGUGGUUACAGCACAACACCUGAAAGAGGCGGCGGCAAAGGAGGAGGACAUCGACAUCAAACAGUUCUUCAGCAACUAUGCACUAGACGUAAUUGCAAGAUGCGCAUUUGGCACGAAGUUGGACUCUCACUCGGACCAGACCAAUGAGUUUGUCACCAAAUCACGACAGAUCUUCUCGGGACGUGUCACACCACGCCUUAUUAUGUUUUUUGUAUUCCCAGCCAUCUCAAGAUUACUUGGGCUGCGACCAUUUAAUAUGGAAAUAUUUCUCUACUUCAAGCAGAUAUGCCUCAACAUCAUCAAGGACCGGCAGGACAAACAAUCUCGGCACGAAGACUUUCUUCAACUCAUGAUGGACGCCAAGGAAGGCAACCUUGCAUCCGCAGUAGAAAAGGCUUCUGAACGCGACAAUCAACUCUUCAACCUUGGUUCAGGCCUGAAGCCAGACACGUCGUUUUCAUCAAACAAAACACUGACUCAGGAUGAAGCAAUGGCCCAAUGCGUGCUCUUCUUCUUUGCCGGCCAGGACACGACCUCGAGUGUGAUCUCGUACACGCUUUACCAACUGGCAAUUAACCCCGAGGUGCAGGAAAAGCUGAGAGAAGAAGUGGACGAAUGCUUCACUAUGCACGGAGAACGUCCCAGCUUGGAUGUGAUUACUAAACUCAAAUACCUACACGGUGUUGUCUCCGAGGCUCUUCGAAUGUACCCUCCAGCUACACGAAUUGAGCGAUCGCCAGUCGAGGACUACGUCCUGGGAGACACUGGAAUCAAAGUGAAGAAAGGAGACAUAAUUGCAAUCCCCGUCUACUCCAUGCAUCACGACCCGCAGUACUUUUCUGAUCCGUUUACGUUCAACCCCGACAGGUUCAGCGACGAGAACAUGGAUUCCAUCCAGCCGUACACGUACCUGCCUUUCGGUGCUGGGCCGCGCAACUGCAUCGGCAUGCGCUUCGCUCUGCAAGAAGUGAAGCUUUCUUUGCUCUACACUAUUCGCAACGUCAAGGUGGUGCGCACGAAAAAAACGAGAGUGCCUCUGGAAUUCCAAAACGGGUACAGCCUCCUCACUGCCAAAGACAUCACACUGGGAAUCAGGAAACGAGGCUAACAAGGGGAAUGUUCUCUCAAGUUAUUAAACUCGUAAUAACCUCGAAA